UCAUUGUUGAAGAAAGUGGAGUGUCAAUUGCAGAAGAAAGAUACAAUUAUGAGAGAGGCAAUACCUGCAGGACAGAGGCUUGCGUUAACAUUGAGAUUCUUGGCUACUGGAGAGUCAUAUGCCAGUUUGCAUUAUCAAUUCCGUGUCUCUGUGCCUUCCAUAUGUCGCAUAGUACCAGAAGUAUGUGACGUUAUAUAUAAUACAUUGAAGAGUGAAUAUUUGAAAUUCCCUGAAAGUGAAGAGGACUGGCUGAAGAUAGCAACAGGAUUCGAGGAAAAAUGGCAACUUCCACAUUGCGUUGGUGCUGCAGAUGGGAAACAUAUCAGAAUUAUACACCCGCCUAAAAGUGGUUCUGAAUUCUAUAAUUAUAAAGGUUUCUUCAGCAUUGUUCUAAUGGCAGUUGUUGGUGCAGAUUACAACUUCAUUUCUGCUGAUGUUGGUUGCCAGGGCAGAAUUAGCGAUGGAGGCGUGAUGAAAAACACCAUUUUCUGGAAAAAGUUGGUCAACAAUGCACUUCACUUACCAGAACCUAAGCCACUUCCUUUGUCACUCUCUCAGUAUCUUGUUGAUGAUGAGAGAAUUCCAGUUCCAUACUUCCUUGCUGGUGAUGACGCAUUUUCGCUCGAGCCAAAUGUUAUGAAGCCCUUUGCCCAAAGAGCUCUCACAGAUGAAAAAAGAAUCUUCAACUAUAGGCUUUCAAGGGGCAGGCGUGUCAGUGAGAAUGUUUUUGGCAUUCUCACCAAUAGGUUUCGAGUAUUUUCUACACUUCUUUCAAUCAAACCAGAUAAUGUUACAAAAGUUGUCCUAGCAACUUUGGCCCUCCACAAUUUCCUUCGAUCUACCAAUUCCAGUAGGUACAUUCCUUCAGGUUUUGUCGAUAGUGAAGACCAACAUGGAGAAGUUAGGCAUUGUAGCUGGAGAAAUGAAGAACUUGUCUCAAGUGGAAUGGUGUCCAUUUCCAACAGCAGAAAGGGGAGGCAAUCUGUCAAAGCUGAAGAUAUUCGACAAGCAUUGUGUGAAUAUUUUAACAAUGAAGGCCAGGUGCCUUGGCAGUGGAAUGUCUUAGUAUAA